CUAUAAACAGAACCCGAAUCGCACCUAAAUCGACAAAGCAGAGGAAGAGCCAGCGACGAUGGAACAUCAAAUGUUCGAAUCGCACAUCGGAGGAACAGUAACUUCUCACUGUCGCCGACCGAGGUGAGUUCGACUUCCAUUCCGUUCGAAUCCGCCAGCGAUUUCGGCUCCCCGAAAUGUUCAACGUUUCGGUUAAAAAUCUCUUCUUGUUCGCCCAAAAACGCUCUCUGGCAACCUUGGCCACCCUCCUUGAACCUCCGAAAUCGUCUUCGUCUUCGUGCUCUUCGUCGCCGUUGAUUGAUUAUCUCGUGAAAUCGCUCGAUCUUCCUUUGGAAUCUGCUGUUUCCAUCUCCCAGAGACUCCGUGCCCACCGAAAUGGCGUCGAAAGAGCCGAUUCCGUGGUUGGGUUCCUGCGUUCCUCCGGAUUCGGCAAAGCGCAGAUCGCGAAAUUGGUCACCAAUGGACCGACGCUCCUCCGGUCGAAUGUGGAAUCGAAUCUCAAGCCCAAGUUGGAGUAUUUCCGCGAGAUUGGGUUAUCACAAUCGGUCUUGCUCGGUGCCAUAGCUGGGAACAGUAGCUUCUUUGGUAGAAGCUUGAAUUCGUUCUAUAAGCCGCAGAUUGAUUUCCUCAUGAAGUGUCUGAGGACCUCCACCGCGUUGGAUAUUGCGAUCAAGCGCUGUUCUUGGCUUUUGACUGUCGACCGCAGAUAUACUUUGGAACCUAAUAUCGAUCUCUUGAUGAGGGAGGGAGUGAGAUUCGAUGAUGUAGUGCUUCUGAUGCUCUAUCAACCUAAGACAUUAGUGAUGAAGGUUGAGAAGAUGGCUGCUUUUGUUGAAUCCGUUAAAGGUCUUGGAAUGGAACCGUCCUCUCCGAAAUUCAUACAUGGUCUCAGGGUGAUGUUGUCCAUGAAGGAGUCGACUUGGCGUGAGAAGGUAGAGAAUUUCAAGAGUUUGGGUUGGUCUCAAGAGGAGUGCCGGUCCAUGUUUGCUCGUCGCCCGCUCUGUUUGGCUCUUUCCGGAGAGAAUAUUAGGAGGACAGUGGAUUUUUAUCUAAAUACCGCGUCAAUAGCUCGGGAGGUUAUUGUCGGUCAGCCUGUACUUCUUAAGUAUUCAGUAGAGAAGAGGCUUCGACCAAGGCAUAGUGUGAUUACGGUUCUGCAGUCCAAGGGUCUCCUUAAGAAGCGGAAUUCUAUUGUAGUACCGUUUAAAAUAUCCGAGAAGUCGUUCUUGGAGAAGUACGUGAUGAAGCACCUGGAACAAGUUCCGCAUCUGAUGGAGAUAUACAGGGCAUCUGCCGCCGCAUGAAGAGUUUAUCAGGUAGAAGAUCAGGGAUUUCAAUUUAUCGCUUCUGCACGAGUUGAUUGUUGGAUUGGCAGUAUUGUGUAUCUUGAUCAGAAGCUUGGUUGAAUGUUGGCAUCAAAGCAGGAGGGUAAUUGAAACUUCCGAUUUACUCGUGGCAUCUAUUGGGUGAUUCCCCUGCCUGUUGAAUCGCGAUAAGUUGGCACAAUCAGAUGAUGGUAAACCCCUUGCAAACAUCAGUUUUGCACGUAAGAACAGGGUUUCAAGAAAGGCGGUCUGAUCAACUGCUCCCUGCUGUUGAAGAAAUGCACUGCAUCUGAAUCUGCUAACAUCAUGCUCAGGACACUCUGGUCAUGUGGGCAUGCUUGUGAAUGAGAGUCACGGCAGUCUCCAGACGAUGUCCUGUCUAAGGACAAGAAGUAAUAACUCCAUUUACUUUGGUUGAUUCAAGGAGGCACUGUGUCAUUAUGAGGUUUCUUGCAAUGCAGUCAACUCGCCCUCGAAAGGGGAAACCCAUCGCGGUGUUCCCCGCAUUGUUGUGUUUCGUGCAUGAUUAACGUUCAACAAUGGUUAAUCUUCUUGCAAAAUCAUGCUUUUUUUAGAACAUUGCCAACGUUCUCUGCAGUCACAAAUUCACAAUCCACCAAAACCUUUCACUGUCACCGUCCACGGCAGAAGAAGAGAUCCAUCCCGUGUCGAUUUUUUCCUUUCAAAGUUCAAUUAGCCACUCGAGAUAACGCCAUAGGAAAGGACGAUACUCAGGGCCGCUGCUGUGCCCUUCUGCCAUGACUCACCUCAUGCCAAGAUACUCGGUUCCGACUUCCCUAUGCUACUCUAUCUUGCAAGCGAUUUUGACGAUCUGAUCUUAGGUAUUGCACGAGUUGCAGAGUCUAAGAUUGGAGGUUCUUCAGCCUCAAGAUGCAGCUGGUGGGGGUUAGCAAAAUGGAAAAGAGGUGAUUCACUUUUC